GCUCUGUGGCUUGCGUCGUGGGUGGUUGUCGUCGGAGUUCGUGAACAACGUGGUUGCCGUGUGAGCGCUGCAUUUACCUGCUGGAAGUGAUUUGGCGGGUGACGAGUAUUCUUAUCUCCUUCAGCGUGUGAGAGGGUUGUGAAUACGCCGUCGUCGAAAACUAGCGGCCGAGGGGCGGAGCAGGGUCAAACAGGUGGUGGACGGCGCAUGCGCAACUAUCAUCGGUUGGCGAGACCCCCUGCACGCGGCAAGAUGUCCAGCGGCUGUGGAACAGCGUUCGCGAAGUACUGCCUCUGCCUCUUCAACUUCGUCUUCUUCCUUGCAGGAGCAGCGGUAUUGGCUGUGGGAAUAUGGAUUGCAGUGGACAAACAUUCCUUCAUUCAAGUUGCUAAUGUCAUACAGAGUGAAGAACUGCGGUUACAGUUCCAACAAUUCACACAACCCACUGUUAUUGAACAGGCGUCAUAUAUCCUGAUAGCAGCUGGAGCAUUUAUGUUUGUAGUCAGUUUUCUUGGCUACUGUGGUGCACUGAGAGAAUCUAAAUGCCUUUUGACUUGUUAUGGUGUUUUCUUGGUGAUAAUUCUUAUAAUGGAGAUCACAGCUGGAAGUCUUGCAGCUGCAUACAAAGAUGAGGCAAAGGAUGAGACAGAAAAAUUUUUGAAGUCAACAAUUGAGAAGUAUUAUGCGAGUAAUCAGGAUGCUGUUACACUAAUGUGGGACUACAUAAACGCAGAGUUCAAAUGCUGUGGAGUUCAGAACUGGGAAGAUUUCAAAACUGCUCCAAAAUGGAAUGCCACAGUACCAAGGUCUUGCUGCAUUCUUGAAGGGGAUAUAGCAAAAUUCCAACCCAAGUAUUCAGCUUGCCCAGCUAGUGCAUCAAACCAAAAUUCUUACUGGAUGGAUGGUUGCUAUAACAAGUUCUUGGUAUGGGUGGAUGAACACAUAAGAAUAGUUAUAGGUGUUGGCAUUGGCUUGGGUUUGCUCCAGUUGAUUGGCAUCUUCCUUGCUUUUUGUUUGUCAAAAUCAAUUGACCAGUACAUAAAGUGAUUUUAGAUGGACAAAGCAGUUAUCAAAAGUGAAUGGUCAGAGGUGGUGUGCUGCACAGAUUGAGUGACAAUAUAUACACCUAUUUUUAUUACAAAAUUAAUGUUAAAAUUAGAACUAUUAGUUGUAAUGGAUGUGUGCGAUUUGAAGAAAAAUUGUGUGUUUGGAAGGCAGAAUCUCUCGAGUGUAUAGAAAGGUAAAAGUGUUAAUAGUGCUUCCACAUUAUACGUAUAUAAGUGAAUAUGUUAAAUGUGUAAAGUUUAAGAUGAGGACAUCUAUAUACAAUACAAAAUUUUUAAUGAUACGAAUGAUAUAUUUGUAUAAUUGUUUCAUAUGAAAUUUGUUUGGUCUUUAACUACUAUUGUCUGUCUUCUUUUUCUUCUUUUUUUGUGUUUCAAAAUUGACAUUCCACCAUUAACUACCUUGGUAUUAACCUUGUUUGCAGUCUCUGGUCCACGAGUGUCAAAUUACUUUCAAGGUUCAACUGUAGUAUUUUUCUUUUCGAUCCAUUAUGCAUAACAGUGAUAAAACUGCAAAGCGUUCCCCUAACACAUGCUUUGCAGCUCUGUUUCAUAUCUGAUAAUUUUCUACACCUUUAUUCUUUAAUUGAAUGUUUUCUCUUUUUUCUACUUCAUCCAGUUAUUGUCUUGGAAAAACAUUUCAGUAUAUCAAAUUUGGAAAUUGCAUCUUGCAUCUGUAUAUUCACCAUUUUCCAGAAUGUUACUGAAUUGUGUGUACAUAUGAUGUUUGUAUAUACUGUAUAUUUUGCUGUUAGUCCUACAUAAAUCCUGGCUCCCUCAUAAAAUCAGCUUUUUUACUUUCAUUGUCAUACAUUCCAGUGGUGUUCUGAGUUUUUUUAAAUGAAAAUUGAAACACGUGUUAACUGUAAAUGCCAAAGUGCUGUGAAUGGCACAUUAUCAACUGCACACAAUUAAAAAUGUUAUUUUUAACAUUAUUGAAAUGUUACUUGUAUGAAAUUUAUUAUAUGUAAAAUAAAAUGAUGAAAUAAAUCUUUAGAAACAA